AUGGUUUAUAAGGUCGGGUCCCGGGUUUCGGAACAGUUCUCCUCGACUCUUUUCCUUCCUUCCGAUUCAGGAUGGUUCUGAUCCAGCUGUCUUGUUGGCGAUGGUGGUCUUCCAGAUUAUCAGCGUCGCUGCUCAAAUCAAAGAAUACUUGGUUUCUUUUUGAAUUUUCUAGGUUUUCCCCACACAGCAAAAAAAUUUUUCCGAGUUUUGAUAUUUAAAAGUUCGUGUUAGACACAAAAUUAGACCUAAAAUUUAUUCAAAACUUCGUUUUUUUACCACUGAAACUUUUUUUUAACCUUACCUCUAACUUCUGAAGUUACUAGCUAGCUCCUCAAGCCUCAAAUUGUACAAAAAAAUAUCUUUUUUGUUUUCUAGUUUUUUUGAGUUCACAGUGAGACUUCCCAAUGUUACUAGGUUCACUAGAAGCAGCUUUUCACCCGAUUCCAAAUCUGUGCUUUAAAGUGACCAGCGAGGUUUGUGAAAAAAAGUUAGGGACUCUCAAAGUCGAGUUUGGUUACUUUUUAUUAUUUUUUUCUAUCCAAUAGCAGAAAAAAACCCUCCAGAAUAAUUUUGCAUUUGGACUGAAGAUUUUAAAAUUCCAGGUUAUAGUAGAAUUCAUGACCUAUUCCGAUCCUAACCGACCUUUUUCAGGACCAAAAGAAGACCGGCACCAAGAAAGUUUGCUGGAACAAACGCUGCCCUCACUGUGGUCGCCCCUGCCCGGCAUACGGACCUCGUCCAAAACCUGGAUCUUCUCGCAAGCCUCCCAGGCGCUAA